AUGGAGAAACCCAAUGGCCCUGCCACCCAAACAUCUUCCACCACCAGCUCUGCGUCUGCAUCGGACACGCAAAACGCCAGCUCAGCCGGCAUCCCAAUUCCCGGCUCUGAAUUUCGGCUGGUCAGGCGAAGAACCUGGUCAUCUCACCUCCCUCCUCGGUCCAGCUCUCGGUUCACCAGUCAUAUCAGUAUCUCGCCUAUCGACCCUCACUGCCGAUUCAUGGACCUUCCGUUAUCGUCUUCGGUGGAAUCCUAUUAUUCUUGUGCGGAUCUUCCUGCGGAUAAGCCCUGUCGUCGCAUUCUAGCAAGCCAGGCUACACUGACUGCGAGGUAUUGGGAUCUACAACCUGAUGGCGAGGACAUGGAUCCUCAACAAAAGUAUCCCAGAGUGUUCCACAAUAAAGCAUGCUUGUGCUUCCCGCGAGGGUCCGUCGACGUUUCUCUUCGCGAAGCCCCUGUCCUUGACACCGGCGUCUGGAGACGGGGAUUGGAUCCGGAUGCAGUUCGAGUGAUAUGA